AUGUCAUCAUCCUUAGAUACUCUACCUGAAGUCAAGGUCCAACAUAAAUCUGCAUUCGGUCAAUUAGUCACUGGACCACCUGGUGCAGGCAAAUCAACCUACUGCCAUGGAUUACAUCAGUUCCUCACAGCUCUCAAUCGACCUAUACACAUAAUCAAUCUUGAUCCAGCCGUAUCUAACCCCCCAUACCCAUGCUCCAUAUCUAUCACUGAACUCGUCGAUUUAGAUAGCGCAAUGGAAGAAUACGGUCUAGGUCCCAAUGGAGCAAUGUUAUAUUGUUUAGAAUACCUAGAGGCGAAUUUUGAUUGGUUGAUAGAUCGAUUGGAUGAAGUGCUGGAAAAUGAUGGUGGGAAUGGAUAUGUGGUGUUUGAUACGCCUGGCCAGGUGGAACUGUGGACGAAUCAUGAUUCGUUGAAGAAUAUGGUUGAGAAGUUGGGCAAAUUGGAUUAUAGGCUCGCAGCUGUUCACCUUAGCGACGCGCACUAUAUCACCGACGCCUCCAAAUUCAUCUCUGUCGUCUUACUAGCUCUACGGGCGAUGUUACAAAUGGAGAUGCCCCAUGUCAAUGUUUUGAGUAAGAUUGAUCUGCUAUCUACAUAUGGUGAACUGCCAUUCGACCUGAGCUAUUAUACCGAAGUCCAGGAUCUGUCGUAUUUACUUGCCAAACUCGACUCUGAACCUCGUGCAGCUAAAUUCGGUAAAUUGAAUAAAGCCAUGGUUGAAUUAGUGGAUGAUUUUGGUUUAGUCGGAUUUGAGACUUUGGCUGUUGAGGAUAAAUCAUCAAUGAUGAACCUCGUUCGAUUGGUAGAUAAGAUGACGGGAUACAUAUUUAUACCUCACAAUCAAGAUUCUGAAGAUGAUAUGAAUGCGGUCAAUACACAAGCGUUAUUCGGAUCAGUCAUGUCCGGUGGAAAUGGGAACGACGUGAGGGAUGUACAGGAACGAUGGCUUAAUAACAAAGAUGCGUAUGACGAGUUUGAGAAAGAGCAGUGGGCGAUGGAAUGGGAAGAGAGGAAAAGACAGUCUACGAGAAGUAAGCAUCAGCAUGAUCAUGAACAUCAAUGA